AUGCACUCCCACCUUCUGCUCGGUGUGGCCCUCGUCGCAAACCUCUGCGAUGCCGUUCCCGUCCAAGACAGUCCUCGCCAGCGUCUGCUGGAUGGACUCGGCCUCCCUUCAACCUACCGCAGUGUAACUGGCGGUGGGCGUCUUCCCUUUACACCGGGGCAUAAAGACCCCUACGACAAUCCAGUUGACUCGGUUGGUGAUGAGCUUGACCCGCUCCCAUGGCGAAAUGGCCUUGGUGCUUCUGUGCUUGGCCCAUGGAACAAGGAACGGUCUAGGCAGAGCCCUGACCUGAUCCGACCACCAAGCACUGAUCAUGGAAACCUGGCCAACAUGCGCUGGAGUUUCGCUGAUUCUCACAUCCGCAUUGAGGAAGGAGGAUGGACUCGACAGACUACUAUCAGAGAGCUGCCGACCAGUGUUGAGUUGGCAGGCGUCAACAUGCGCCUUGGUGAAGGCGUCAUUCGCGAGCUCCACUGGCACAAGGAGGCCGAGUGGGCCUAUGUCCUUGACGGCGAGGUCCGCGUCACAGCACUUGACUACGAGGGUGGCAACUUUAUCGACGACUUGAAGAAGGGUGAUCUCUGGUACUUCCCCAGCGGCGUGCCUCACUCUCUUCAGGGCCUCAGCGAGAAUGGCACCGAGUUUCUCCUGAUCUUCGACGACGGCCACUUCUCUGAGGAGUCCACCUUCAUCCUCACUGACUGGCUCGCCCACACCCCCAAGUCUGUCAUCGCGAAGAAUUUCAACCUCGCACCUGAGGUCUUCGCUCACAUUCCCGAGGGAGAGAAGUACAUCUUCAAGGGAAGCCUGCCUGGCUCCAUUGACGAUGAGGAACCCCAGGGCAAGAAGGUGAAGAAGUCCAAGUACAACUUUACCCACAGGAUGCUCGACCAAGAGCCAAUCAACAGCACCAAUGGUGGUGGACACGUUAGAAUCACGGAUUCAAAGAACUUCCCUAUCUCGAAGACUGUCGCGGCCGCUCAUGCAGUCAUCGAGCCGGGAGCUAUCCGAGAGAUGCAUUGGCACCCUACUGCCGAUGAGUGGACCUUCUUUAUCGCGGGCCGAGCCAGGGUGACUAUCUUUGCCUCCGAGGGCAAUGCCAGGACCUUUGACUAUCUCCCCGGCGACGUCGGCAUUGUCCCUCGCAACAUGGGCCACUUUGUCGAGAACAUUGGCGACGAGCCCAUUGAGAUGCUCGAGAUUUUCCGCGCCGACGAGUUCCGCGACAUCUCGCUGUUCAAGUGGAUGGGCGAGACUCCGCAGAAGCAGGUCGUCGAUACACUCUUCGCCGACGACCCCAAGAACGCCAAGCUGUUCCUCGACAAGAUCAAGGAUGCUGACAACAAUGUCGUUACUAAGCCUGACUUUGUGCGCUCCAAAAAUGAUAUGUCAGGGGAGCUUUGA